AUGGUAAUGAUAGGGGAUCAGUUGACAAGACUGCAGAGGCAUCGGCACCAGUAUUUGUGGCCAAACCAUAAGCCGGUUCACAGAGUGAGUCAACCCUCGCAGGAGUCGCCGUAUUCUAAGCCAUACCAUAGCUACCGAAGACAUCGAGAUAAUGAGCCCUUUGUCGUGAUGUCCACAAAGAGCAGUUCCCGACCCACAGCCACCGGUGCUGAUGACAGGGCUAAGGCUGUGUCCAAUCACUCGGAAGGCAGUCGUAUAUCAGGUGAGACGAGACGACUGAGCGCCACCUCUGGCCCCCACUCGCCCUCCAAACGCACGUCCGAACGAAGACUGUCUUCCAAUGGAGACAUCACUAAGAAGUCGGACACUAAUCAUACGGAUCCCAAGAAUGGCGACGAGUCGACCGCACAGUCGGCCACAGAGUCUAAUCAAAAGUCUGGCAAAUCUAAUGCUCGCAAAGGCUUCUUGAGAGGAGUGGUCACUACAGAACAACACGACAAACAAAAGUCUUUGUUAAAGACGGUUCGCACCCACACUCGCACCCGAUCCGAGUCGGGACAACAGGCCAUCGAUGCACCUGUCGUUCAGACAAGAGUUCAUUCGAAGAAGUCUUCUAACGAUAUGAACCAAUUGAAUGCGAGCACCGAUAGGGCGCGCAAAACAUUUGCAAUGCCUUUACCGCCCAAU